AUGDGUYUUAGCCUAUUUAGUGGUGAAUUUGACAGCACCAAAUCUAUCCGACAUGCUGUUUUGAAUAUUGAGAAUGCAAUAGCUUGUACAAAGGUGUUUCUAGUUCUUGAUGAUGUUGAUAGUCUCGACCAUUUGGAUGCAUUACUUGGAAAUAAAGGUUUUCAUCCUAGAAGCAAAAUCAUAAUAACAACGAAGGAUGCAUCGUUGACAGAGAAGUGUGAGCUAUUCAACCAAAUAGAUCAACCCAAGCAUACAAAGCACUUACUUCAAGGCUUAGACGAUUAUAAUUCACUACAACUUUUAAGUUCGUGGGCAUUCAAGCGCAACAGUCCAAAGGAAGGUUAUGAAGAAGUUUCAGAUACACUUGUUAAGUAUUGUGGGGGACAUCCAUUGGCUCUUAAAGUUUUGGGCAGGUCUCUAUGGAAUAGAGAUGUAGCUAGAUGGAAGGAUUGCAUAAAAAGGCUCAAGGAAGAACCUGAUUCAUGUAUCAAAAACGUCUUGCAAAUGAGCUUUGACUCUUUGCCAUCUACAGAAGAGAAGGAACUGUUUAAGCACAUUGCUUGUUUUUUCAUUGGAGAAAAUAGAGAAUCAACCGAAACAAUAUUAAAGGCAUGUGGGUUCCACACAGUACUCGGGAUCGAGAAUCUCAUUGAUAGAUGCCUUCUUUGGAUUAAUCAAGAUAACAAGUUGAUGAUGCAUCAAUUGCUUCAAGACAUGGGAAGAGACAUAGUACACCAAGAAUCACCAACCAGGCCAGAGGAGCAAAGUCGAUUAUGGUGUCAUGAGGAGUCAUUCAAAGUGUUGAAACAAAAAAAGUGUAAGAGGAACCUUCAAGGCCAUGCACUUGACAUGAGAAUGCUUGAGAAAGACAAGUUACAUGAGUUGGAAACUGAUGCGUUCAGUAAGAUGGAUAAUAUAAUGCUACUACAACUCAAUCAUGUGCAUCAACUCAAGGGGUCCUAUAAGAAUUUUCCACAAGACUUUAGAUGGUUGUGUAUGCAUGGGUUCCCUUUAGAGUAUAUACCUCCAGAUUUACAAUUGGAGAAUCUGGUAGUUCUUGACAUGUCUUAUAGCAAGCUGGUAUCUUUUGACAUGUCUUACAGUGACUCGCAACGACUGGAGAACAGGCGAAAGUUGACUGGAUUGGGCUCUAUCUGUGAUCAACUGCGUAGUCUCUGUGGCCUUUUGGAACUCCCCAUACUGGAGAAUAGGCAAAAGUUAACUGGAUUGGGCUCAAAAGAAAACCCCUUGCUUAGAUCAUUAAAGAUUCUCAAUCUAAGUUACUGUGAACAGCUUCGUAGUCUUGGUGGCUUUUCCGAAUUCUACGCACUUGAGAGGUUAAUACUUUCAAAUUGUAUAAGUUUGAUCGAGAUUUGUGAGUCAAUUGAGCAAUGUGAUGGACUUGAGCUCAUUGAUCUGAGUUAUUGCAAUGAAGCAAGGAAGCUUGUAAGAACGACAGGCAAGGUAAAGAAUGUCAAAAUACUGAACUUAGAUGGUUGUAAUCUCAGUGAAUUUCCUAUCGAGAUGAGUUACUUGGAGUUACCAGAAAUGGUCGAGGCUAACAACAUUGUCAUAAACUCGCAAACCUCUUCCUCUGCCAUUUGGUUGUUGUUUUCUGCACAAGGUGAUGCAGUCCCAAACAGAAUGCAGUGUGUGUGA